AUGUAUGUCUCUGUACUCUACAAAACACCCCUCACUGUCGAAGGCGGGGCAACCGGAUUUAUAGCAAACGGAUUUACAUGGCGGGGCAAAGUGAGGGGUCAAUUCAUUCAGACAUGUAUUGUUUGCCGAUUGACGGCCAAGGUUGAGCUGAAAGCUAGUCGCCAGGGCAUUGGCCGAAAGGUUGUCUCCUUCGAAGCCGCCCUGCGCGGCCGACUCUUCUACUUCGGCAGUCGCAUGGCCAACGUUGACGUAAAUUACUACACUCCUAACACUUCGACGUCCUGGCUUCAAUUUAAGAAAUGGCAAAGCUCUGACGGUAAUUACAAGACAAGUAUGGUCACAGCGUUACCGGGAGUGGAGACUCUCUGUACAAUACAGAAGACCGAGCCCUUUGCACCAGCCUUUCGCGAGCAAUGGCACGCAGUGGCCGGCAACAGUCCCUAUAUCAACUUGCAACAGCCCAGUCAAGUUACCGUUGAAAACGGCCCUUUUCACUUUGCGAUCCGAACCAACAACUCUGUGGUAGAGAUACCAAUAGCAGCUGCCAUGGCUCAACGAGGUGCUUUGGCGCUUCUGAGCGAUGAUUCCCUGACGCUUCGCUCCAUAGCAACGGAGUCGAACUUGUUCAUGAUGCUCCAGCAAGCACCGCAAGAGACGUCGCGACUUAGUCGACAGGUUCUUCAAAGCAUGCUUGGAGUUUCUUCGCAGCGAAUAGAGAUGGCUUUAGACAUCAUCGGAUCAGUUGCCAGGGUGGAGGGAAUUAACGGAAGCGAUAUCGUCAAGAAACCAGCCGUCACUCUUCACUACUUUUGUGGUAUCCUCCGCGAGGAUAGCGCGCAAGGUCGAUUCCAUCUUUUGCGCAGUUUGAUCGUUCAGUUGCUUGAGAAAUUACCAGCUGAGCGAACGUUGGCCAUGGGUGUCGAUUAUGCGCUAUUAUCUGAGUGGGAUUUUCAACGCCUUGCGGCAGCUAUUCGAGAUAACUUUGUUGUCUAUUCCAGGAGCGGUGGUCUUCUGCGCCAUCGAUGGAUCACAGUCUCCCUUCACCCUCUACACAUAUCCCAGCAGAUACCAGAAGGCAUGACGGCGGUCUUUCUUCCUGCCACCGCAAGGCAGGAAAGGCCUGGUUUGACCUAUGUCUGGCAGCCGAAUACGCUUUCCCGAAGGCAAUUUGAUGGACAACGGCCAGGAAGUCCUCAGCCUGUACUCUUCCGCAACCCCAAGGACGACUAA